AUGAAUAUAAGUAGAUACAACUAUGAUAAACUAUACAACUUUAACAGCACAAGUCAACAACAACAGAAGAAGUAUGAACUUGUUGUAGGUGUAGAGAUACAUGCUCAGAUAAAGUCAAAGGAGAAGUUGUUCUCAGAUAGUUUAAAUGUAGGCAGUCUAGAUGGAUGUAUAGCAAAUAGUAGAGUGUCUUAUGUUGAUGCUGCAUUCCCUGGAACACUACCAGUGCUCAAUCAGAGAUGUGUAGAACAAUCUAUAAGGACAGGACUUGCCAUUGGUGCCAGGAUCAAUAAGCGAUCAUCAUUCGAUCGCAAGCAUUACUUCUAUCAAGACCUGCCACAAGGAUAUCAGAUCACUCAGUACUAUCAACCAAUUGCUACUGAAGGAAUUAUGAUGUUGAAUAUGAAGGAUGGCUCAAAGGUACCAAUCAAUAUAUCACAUAUACAGAUAGAACAGGACAGUGGCAAGUCGAUACAUGAUCAGAGUCCCAGUCAUACAUUGGUCGAUCUGAAUCGUGCUGGUAUCGGAUUGAUGGAGGUGGUCAGUGCCGCCGACUUUAGGUCCAGCGAACAGGUGGGCCAGUACAUCAAGCAGUUGCAGCAGUUGAUGAAACACAUUGGCAGCAGCGACGCGAAUAUGCAGUUGGGCGAGAUGCGUGCCGACAUCAAUAUAAGUGUGCGACCAAAUCGCCCGAAUGAGCCAUUCGGCACUCGUGUCGAGCUCAAGAACAUGAUAUCAAUCAAGGCGAUCACUGGCGCCAUCGACGCCGAGGCUGCGCGCCAGAUCGACGUGCUGGAAGCGGGUGGCCGCGUCCUUCGCGAGACAAGGGGCUUCGACCAGGCAAGUGGCCAGACAUUCCACAUGAGGACAAAGGAGGACGAGGUUGACUACAGGUUCUUCCCCGAGCCCGACCUGCCACCCCUCAUCCUCAGCGACGAUUACAUCGAUUCCAUUCGCAACAAGAUGGUUGAGCUGCCCGACGCUCUCAAGAGUCGACUGAUGCGCGAUUAUCAGAUUGCCGAGCACGAGGUUGACGUCUUGGUCGAGGACCGCGAUGUGGCACAGUACUUUGAAGCAGUUGUCGCACAUGGAGGCAAGCAACGAGCGUCAAAGAAGGUGCUGCCGUGGAUCCUCAAGGAGAUGUUUGAGUGGCUAAACUCACGCAAUGAGACCAUUGUGCAGAGUCCCGUGUCGGUUGGCCAACUGGCAGAGUUGGUCGAUCUGAUCGAUCAGGGAUACAUGUCGUCGAGGACUGGCAAGGAGAUCUUUGCGCGACUACUGAAUGACAACAAGCAACAACAGAGUGUAAAGGCGUUGGUUGAAAGUCUGGGACUGUCACAAAUAUCCGAUGAUUCGACAUUGGAUCAAUUGUGCAAGACCUUGGUGGAGGCCAAUCCUAAAGAGGCGCAAGACUAUCGGUCUGGCAAGCAGCGCGUGUUCAAAUUCUUUGUUGGCGAGAUCAUGAAGCAGACCAAAGGCAGAUCGAAUCCAGAGAAAGUUAAUCAAUACCUCAAGAAGUACCUGGACAUAUAA